AGAUGCAUGAAUAUUUCAAACGUCACAUUUUAUAAAAGAAUUUAUUUCAAAUAUUUAUAAAGUCUAUACUUUGUGAUUAUAGUUUUUGUUGAGUUUAACAAAAAUGUUAAUAAUUAAAAGUAUAAUAAUUAGCGUAUGUGUUGUAAUUGGUUUUUCAACUGAAAAUACUUCAUCUGUAAUGCAUGAUCAGAUUAAUAAUCCAAAUCCAAAAGAUUGGAGCAAAAUUACUACAACUUUCAAUAAAGACGGAAUAGCAGUAAUUAAUUUAGAUGGAGCUUUACAUAUUGCACGCAAAUUUUCUACAAAUAUUUCUAUUGAAGAUAUUAAAAUGAUUUUCAGUUGCUAUAAUUUGAAAUUAGACGAAUUUAUUAAUGCAGAUCAAUUACAACGUGGUUUGAGAAAACAUUUAAAAAAAUAUAUUAAAACUAGAAGUAUAGUCCAAUUUAUGAAACAAGUUUGGAUUAAAACAACAUCUCAGGGAGAAGUAAGAGAAUUUAUUAGAAACAACCAUAUGCGACAUGCCUUUAAAAUAAAAAAUGACAGAUCCACAAAAUUCGAGUUUGAUCCAGAAAGUCCAGAGUAUGUAAAUGGAAUACGAGUUGAAAUAACUAAUGAUAAUACACCUGUGGUCAAUUUUCAAAGCGCUAUAUGGCUAGCCCGUAAAUUUGAUACCACUGUUAAUGAAGAGUCAAUGACUAAAAUGUUCCAAUAUUUAGAAGUAGCGAUAAAUGAAAAAUUAAAUAUGUUUCAAUUUCAUUUCGGAUUGGCUUACUUAAACAUUUGCUGUAAACAUAUUAAAGUAAUAUCAAAAAUGAUGAAAGAAGUUUGGGAAAAAACAACAAGUAAUGAAAUAAAAGAAAAGCUUACAGAUGAAGAUAUAAAGAAAAUAUUUAAGUAUAAAAACAAAAUUUUAAAUAACUAGAAAAACUCAAAAAAAAUUCUAAAAUUAUUUUAUUAAUAUAUUUUUAUUAUAAGAAAUUUAAAGUAUUUUAUAAAUAAAUUUUAUUUUUAAAUUCAAAUAAGUAUAAUUAGAAAAAAAUGAAAGUGGUAAAAUGACGAUCAUUGUUUUAAAUUUGAAUAAAAGUAACAAAAUAAAUGCAAAAAAGCCUAGCUUUAACUUUGUUAUUUAAGAAAAGCAUAUUGUAUCUUUGAAAACUCAUUAUUGUUAUAAUUAAAUGAAGAAAACACGCUUUACUAAAAAAAUGACUUGGUGGACUGUGAUUUAAAAAAAAAAUUAAUGAAAUUACUGAGUCACAUGAUUCUGAACAAAUUCUUGGCGAAGUUUAACAAAUUUUUGCUAUUCUCCGAGAGCGUUUUAAUAAUUUAACUUCUUUCAGGAAAAAUAUUUGCUAACAACGGCGUUUUCUGAUUUAUAGUUUGUAACAUUAUACCUUUAUUUUUUACAGUUCUGCAAGAUUUUUUUUAAUUCAUUAGUAUGUUUUUAAGAAGGCGUCUAUGUUUGCACAUUAUUAUUUU